AUGAUUGCUGCAACGGAGGGCGAUGGGCCAUCUAGUUGCAGUGCCGUCAUGGGAUAUGGUGGCGGACCACCGGAUGUCGGUGCUGUCAGAAGAGAUGGUGGCAAGCCACCAGAUGAUGGUGUCGGUUCAAGAGACGGUGGCGGGCCGCCGGAUAAUGGUACUGCCUCAAGGGAUGGUGGCGGGCCGCCAGAGGGUGGUGCUACUUCAAGAGAUGGUGGUGGGCAACCGAAAGAUGGCGUUGUUGGGGUGUUGACUGCUUCCAACGACGUCAUCGGGUGUAUCGGGCUAUGCGGUGGUUCCAAUGACUCAUCCUUCGUCUUCUUCGUCAUGCGUGGUUAA